UUUAACUAAGUACAUUUACUCAGUUUUACUUCAGGUAUUAAGUAUUUAAUAGAGUGUAAAUACGUUUACUGCACCGCACCUGUGCGACGGCUUCAGGUACCUCUCAUCCAGGAACAUCAGAUACAACAGAGAAAACACUUGACUGCAACAUGAGUACUUUUACUGCAGUAAGGUUUGAAUGCAGGACUUUCAGUUGUAGUGGUGGUAUUAGUACUUCUACUGCAGUAAAGUACACGGCUGCUGUACAGAGAAGACGUGCAGCAUUUGUGAGCCGCUGAUAAUCACACCUGUCUGCAUGGACAGUGUUUCACUGUGUACUGCAGUACUACUACGUACCGUUGUAUGUAAAACGCACAAAGAACAGCAUGCUUUUAUUUUGACAUACUGUGGACACGUCUUCAAGUGUACAGUGUACAAAUACUGCGCAAGCAGGAGUACAGUCCACCAGCAGUACUGUAAUCCUGCAGUACUGUCUCCGUAUGCAGUACUACUACACUGUAGUGAGCCGCGUCUCUCCGGACUGACCUCAGAUCUGUGUUCUGAACACAGCCUUUGUGAUUUUAGAUAAGUGAGGAGUAAUGAAGGUCUGCUCCUGAGAGAACGUUGGACCCUUCAGGACCCAGCUCAGGUCUGAUAUCGGCGUGUUUACGUCCUGCUCUCUGAAUAUCGGUCGACCUGAAGGUGACAGGUGGAAUCCUGCAGGUGGGCGGAGGAACAAAAACGUCUUUGUGCUUCAGCAGAACCGGUUCAGCAGGUCUGGACCAGACCUACAGGUCCUGGUUUUUGUGUCUCAGGGUCCCCUGUCGGAAGUGGAUCAGGUCUACAAGUUCACGUUCGUCAUAAAAGUUUUGUGUUUGUGUCUGCGGGGCGCCGUCUGUACGCUCACUCUGUUGUACUCUGUAAGUUUGUGUACUUGUACUUUACGUGAGUACUAAGACUGCUUUAUACUGUACUUGUCUGCCGGGUUCUGUGCUUUGCAGAUGUACUAGGUUGAAAAUCUGAGAGUUCAUCUAGUGUCCUCUCCAGUAAGUAUAUGUGUCUAAAAACACCUUGUGGUAUUUCUACUUUUACUUAAUAAGUACUUGUUCCACCUCUGGUCCUGGACGGGAUCGUACUGAGUACCUGCUCCUGUUCCUGCUCUGUGUUGGUUCUCUUGUUUUCCAUCGUGAGAGAGCUCGGCCUGUUUUAUAACCUUUGGUUUCUUACAGAAGUUUACGAGCUGCACUUGAAGGCACCACGCUCCAGUUCACUUGUUAUUUAGAUUUUCUAUCAUGAACCUGUUUUGUUUUGGUGGUCGUUGCUCCGACGCUCCCCAGGGGCCGUGGAGGCGUCACGGUGCGACCACGUGGUCGCGCCUCUGCGCUGUGAUUGGCUGCUGCUCGUCGGCUCUGCGGAGCUCAGUGCGGCAGAGAGCUCCAGCACAGCGGGGACUCGGCUGCGUCCUCACCGGCUCUCACCGCCGCAUCUCCCGUGAUGAGAAAGCGGACACCGACCGCGGAGCGUGACAGCGGGACCACCGGCACUCUGCUGGACAGCGUCCCGGACCUGAAGCAGCGCCCCGGCAGCGGAGCAGCGGGGCCCGCAGCGGGCGGCCGGCAGGGCCCGGGAGAGGAGGGGAGCAUGGGGAAGCCGUUCCGGAG